GGAUCCUCCUGUUCAUGGGCUGAGUGGGCAACCUCUCUACGGCCGUAUCUGGUUUCCAGCCCACACGCACUAAGGAGGAGGUGAUGGACUUACCCCAAAGGUGGGUUUGGGAAGAAGCAGAGUGAAGAGGUGAUCAGAGAGCCAUCCCAUGGCAUUCCUUCUAGAGUCACUCCAACAACCACCUGGCUCCUUCCUGGCGUAGGCUGCAGCCCCUAGGUUCCGUACGGAAUUUCUGAAUUAACCCUCUAGAAAGCUGCCUCUGGCUCUCUACAAGCUCUCUCACAGCCCUGUCACGAGAGGUAAGGAAUAAGGUCCUGCCUCCCCCAACAGCUCGGGGGAAUCCUCUCAGAGAAAUCAGUGCCGGGCUUUAUGCGUCUCUACAAACAGAUCACUUUGCGUGGUGUUGUCAAGAAGCUGUGCAGCUCUUUUUAGAGCAACAUUAACGCCCCCAGGGAUUUCUGCUCUAAAUGCUCUGGGCCUGAGGGAAGGAUUCUGUGGAAAACAGGCCUUUCCCUUGCUCCAGUCCAGGCUCUGCAGUUCUGAUGCUGCAGCGCUGAUAGGGAAGGCUUGAGGGUUCCUGGAGAGCAUGUUGCAAAGCCAGCAAUCCCAUUCUGCAACUCCAGCAAUCCCAUGCUGCCUCAGCCCUGGGGACAUGUUCUCUUUCUCCCCCGGCACCUUCCAAAGGAGGGAAGAAAGGGACCAGUGAGGUGGAGUCUCUCCCUGGCUUACAGAUAACCCAUCCUGCAGUAACACAAGUGUGGACUCAGGGGAAUACUGUGGUGCGGUGUAGGUGCUCUGCAAGGUAUCACUCUUGAAGGGAAGCAAUACUGCUCUUGGCACUGGAAUCUGGGCAGUAAGGAAGAGGAGUUGCAAGUUCUCCCUGGGGAGGGGAAAUGGGGAAACCUGGUGGGACGAUGUGUAUGACUGGAAUGUUAGUGUCGCUGGUUACAACACACUGAGGUACGGGAGAGAGGGUAAAAGUGGUGGGCAGGGUGGCACUUUCAGCGGUUCUCAAACUGUGGGUCAGGACCCCAGAGUGGGUUGCAACCCCAUUUUAAUGGGGUUGCCAGGGCUGGUUUAGGCUUGCUGCGGCCCGGGGCCAAAGCUAAAGUCCAAGCCCCAGCACCUGGGGCCAAAGCCGAAGCCCCACUGCCUGAGGCUGAAGCCAAAGCCUGAGGGCUUCAGCCCUGGGCAGUCGGGCUCACGUUGCAGCUCCCCUGUCUGGGGCUGAAGCCCUUGGGCUUCGAUUUUUGUCCAAGGCUUUGGCUUUGCACCCUCACCCGCACCCGGAGCAGUGGGGCUUGGGGGGCCUCAGGCUUCGGACCCCCUCCAGGGGUCACGUAGUAAUUUUUGCUGUCAGAACGGAUUCAAAGUGUAAUGAAGUUUGAGAGCCCCUGCUUUAGACCAUGGUUCUGUGACUGGAUCUGUACAGAUACAAAUGUCACCCCGUGUGGAUCUGAUUACAGGACUGAGGUUUUAGAUUGUCAACUGUUUGGGACAGGGAUUGUCGCUGUGAAGUGUCUUGCAGCCUGUGAGCACCAGAGAAAGCAAUAAUCUACCCCCAUUUAGAAUAAUUAGCACAGUAUGUUAAAUAAAUGUUCCGACACAGAAUACUGUGCUAGAGAAUUAAUCUUCAUCUACGUACAAAUGUCUAACAUGUCACACCCCGAUUUAUGAUUUAAACGCACUGAACCACUGGGAGCUCCAGGCACCGAGGGCAGCUCAGCUCCAGCUCUGACUGCUCAGAUUUCUCCCGCUGGCCCCGCCCCCUGGCAGGAUCACCGCCAAGCAGAACUCGGCAAAGCUUCUCAGCCUGGCUUUCCAGCUCCCGGGGCCGCCCCUCUUUGUUGCGGCAGCCAAUAGGGGCGCUCGGAACGUCGGCGGCUGCCGGGUAACAUGGUUACGUGUCAGAGAGUAACAAUCAUGGACCAUGGGCUAAGGCGAAAGAGGCAGCCGCAGCAGCCCCAGCCUCCCGGAGGGUCCGUGGCGCAAUGAAUCCCGCUGCGACCAGCCUUCAGUGCCACCAGUGCCAAACUACAGGCUCUCCAUGUCUAUCCCAGAAUGGCUUCAAGCAAUACAGAAUUACAUGAAGAUGCUGCAAUACAAUCACACAGGAACUCAGUUCUUUGAAAUUAGGAAAACAAGACCUCUAAGUGGGUUAAUGGAGACGGCUAGAGAAAUGACCAGGGAAUCCUUACCUAUCAAAUGCCUUGAAGCAGUUAUCCUGGGGAUAUACUUAACCAAUGGGCAGCCUUCCGUGGAACGAUUCCCAAUCAGCUUUAAAACCCACUUCUCAGGAAACUAUUUUCAUCAUGUGGUGCUUGGGAUUUACUGUAAUGGCCGGUAUGGCUCACUGGGCAUGAGCAGAAGAUCAGAUCUGAUGGACAAACCUUUGACCUAUCGAACCCUGACCGAUCUUGUCUUUGAAUUUGAAGAUUCCUAUAAAAAGUAUUUACAUUCAGUCAAAAAAGUAAAAAUUGGAUUAUAUGUCCCGCACGAGCCACACAGCUUUCAGCCCAUUGAGUGGAAGCAGCUGGUCCUCAAUGUAGCAAAGAUGAUGCGGACGGACAUAAGGAAGGAGCUGGAGAAAUAUGCCAGGGAUAUGAGAAUGAAGACUGCUGGCACUUCCCCGUUGGAGAGUCAGAUUGAAAAGCUUAGAGGACACUUGCAGACAAAGGUCUGCGGUUGCCAAAGAGUUGAGAAUAUGACUCCCUUUCUGGUUGGAGUUCCUGAAUAUGCUUCAGUGGCAGCUGGGGGUGAAGAACAGAUUCUGAAACCCUCAAGUGCCCACUCUCCAAUCAAAGAGAGAUCACGAGGCAAGUCACUGUCCCCUCGGCGAAGGCAAGUCAGCCCUCAGAGACGGGUGUGCAGAAGAGACAAAUCGCCUGCCGUGAUGGACAAGAAAGUGGGUGAUCUCACUACAUUGAAUGAAGUGGGCUAUCAACUACGCAUCUAACAAAGCCAUAGACCAGAUGGAGGGCUUCCAUGGUGCUUCACCCGCCCAUUACCCUACGCUCCGUUGGAAGGAAGGGGGGUAAAAAAGAAAAGAAAAGAAACCAGGCCUAUUUAUUAAGAACUUGUGGAUUUUAUUUCAAGUUUCACUUAGAAAAUAGAAAUUCUAGAAUGAUGAUGGCAGUAUUAUCUUUUUUUAAGUUCAUUAAGUGGCAUCAAUGAAAAACUAAAUUAUCUUCACCAGGCUUUCUUCCCCCCGUCAAAUAGGAGGGAACUAAGGUGGUGGGUUUUUUUUUUUUUUUUUUUAUUUUAAAUAAUUGUUUCUAAUCUAUUUAAUUGGCUUUGAAUAUUGUGCUACAUUGGUAGUAUUAGAAGAGUGGUGAUGAAAUCCUAUUUCUCGUUAGUGUUAACGUGCUGGGGGCAGUCGGUUUAAACAGUCAGGAUUAAUAUUUUUAUUCAGCAAUAAAAAUGGCAGUGCAGAGGUGGAUGUGACUUUUUAAAGUGUCUAUUACCUCAGUAUACAACAGAUAUGCAAAAUUGACCAUUUUAAUUUUAUAAUCAAUUUGUACGGUUUGCCAGCAUUUCUGGGAGUACUAUAGAACUGCAUUAGAUGCACCCCACCACUCUUAUCAUGUGCAUGCCUAUGAGAGAGUGUAAGGUUUGAUUAUAUGCAAGUGUCUUCUUGAAAGCACUGCUGUCUUAUUAGAAAUACAGAGAACCGGUUGAGGUUUCUGUUGGGUUUUUUAAUAACCGGCCAACAAUGAAUUUUUAAAAUUUCAUAAUUUUUUAAAACUUUGUCACAAGCUUUUAAACUUUGCAGACUAGACUGUUAAAGCACAAGACCUGGAGAUCAUUGUUUUGUAGAGACUAGCAUUUACAUUGUAUUAACAGUCAAACUGCGUGUACAGUCAGAUUCACGAGGAAAUGUCAGAAUCAAUAGGCUUCCUUGAGAGUUUACUUUUCUAUUCAUAUUUGUGUGUAAUUUUGAAUCAUUUGUCUUUGAAGGUUAAACAGUCUAAGGUGAUGAUGCCUUUGUGUCUUAUAUUAAGAUCAGACAUCACAAAUUAGGGAAGGUUCUUGUUUAUAUGCAUUAUAGUAACUUACAGUGACCUUUAAAAAGACCUGGCUAAAGAAAUUCUUAUUAGAAUAAGUGUAGCAAUAAUAGUUGAUUUUCAGGAUAUUUUUUUCAAGAACAAGUUUGUCUAUCUCCUCCUUCCUUAUAGUGUCCUUUUACUGAUGGAUUUAACUAGCACUAUGGAUGUAUGGCUGGAUUUUCAAACCAGCUUAGCUCCCAUUUAGGGACCUAAUGGAAGUAGUCAGAUUUCUGAAGUGGUCAAAUUUUCUAAGUGCUCCGCACCCAGGAGUUCUCAUUGAACUCUGGGAGUUAGUGGGUGCUGAGUACUUGAAAGUUUAGCCACUUCAUUUAGGUGCAUAAGUGGGAGCUGAGCUGUUCUGAAAAAGCUAGCCUGUACACCAGGGGUGGGCAAACUUUUUGGCCUGAGGGCCACCUCGGGGUUCCGAAACUGUACGGAGAGCCAGGUAGGGAAGGCUGUGCCUCCCCAAACGGCCUGGCCCUUGCCCCCUAUCCACCCCCUCCCACUUCCCGUCCCCCUCAGAACCCUCCACCCAUCCAAACCCCCUGCUCCCUGUCCCUGACUGCCCCGCCCCCUAUCCACACCUCCACCCCCUGAUAGGCCCCAGGACUCCCACGCCUAUCCAACCCACUCUGUUCCCCAUCCCGACUGCCCCCACCCCCCAGAACCUCUGCCCAUCCAACCACUGCCGCGCUGCCCGGCAGGAGCUCGCAGCCCCUUGUGAGAAGUAGGAGUCUCACAUUUUUAAUAAAUAUUUAGCUGUUAAGAGAAGUCAGUCCCCAAAGCUGGAGUCUGAUUUUCCAUGGCCUUGCAGCUUGCAGUGUUAUUUUUACAUGUUCACAGUGUAAGCGGGACUACUCACUUUAAAAGGCGUGAAUAAGGGUGCAAGGCCAUAGUCAUUUUGGUGGGGCCGGGAGGGGUGAAUGUGGCCGUUUUGUUAUAAAGUACAGUAAAUCAACUGCCUUAGUACUUUUAAUGGAAAAGUUUCCCCAAGCAAGCUAGUACAUAAACACUGAAUAACAGAUUGAUCUGUUGUCUGGCCUUUCUUAUGCCUGGAGGAAGAGAACAUGACUUUUUAUAAAAAGAGGGGGAAUUUUUGCAAUACGCAAUGGUGAAAUAAGCUACAAAAUGACUAGAGAACAAAUUAAGGCCCCAUUCUGGCAAUGAGCCCUGGCAGGUCCUGCUGCAGUUGAACAGGGCUCCAGUGUAAUUGGCUGGGUUUGCUGCAGAUGUAUUUGGAGCUCAUUGCAAGAUUGGGGUUAUGUAUCUAUCUCCCCCCCCCCCC